UUUAUCAAUCCCUUUGUUUACAUUCAUCUUUCUCAUGUCAAGAUCACACUCUUACCCCUCACUUAUAUAAACAACAGAACCCAAUUCUAUUUGGUAAAAGAGAAUCUCAAACUUGAGUGUAUAUACAUAACACACAUAUAUAUAUAUAUAAUAUAUAGAGUGAAAGACAGGGAUAUAGAGAGAGAGAGAGAGAGAAUGGGAAAAGGAAGAGCACCUUGUUGUGACAAGACCAAAGUGAAGAGAGGUCCAUGGAGCCCAGAAGAAGACUUGAAACUCAUCUCUUUCAUUCAAAAGUUUGGUCAUGAGAACUGGAGAUCUCUCCCGAAACAAUCUGGUUUGUUGAGGUGUGGGAAGAGUUGUCGUCUAAGAUGGAUUAACUACCUCAGACCAGAUGUGAAGCGAGGUAACUUCAGUGCAGAGGAAGAAGAGAUGAUCAUCAAGCUUCACCAGAGCUACGGAAACAAGUGGUCAAAAAUAGCUUCUCAACUUCCAGGACGUACAGAUAAUGAGAUCAAGAAUGUGUGGCAUACCCAUCUAAAGAAAAGACUGGUUCAGAGUUCAGAAAAUGCAGAUGAACCGGCCUCGCCAAGUGCUAGUGAUUGUGGUUCUCGUGGGAAGGUGGAUAAGACUCAAGCAGAAGGUUGCUUGAACAUAAAGACAUCUCAUGACUCUACUAGUUCAGUUUCUUCUGGUGGUUCCAAUAAUUCAAACCAAGAAGAUGAUCCAAAUAGGAGUCUUAUGUUUGAGUAUAGCCAGUUUAGUGAUAUUAUUAUACAAGAGGUAGACAAACCAGACCUACUUGAGAUCCCUUUUGACUCAGAUAUUGACAUCUGGAGCUUCUUAGAUGAUUCAAACGCAAAUGAGAACAGCUCAGCUUCAAGAGCAGAAGAAGAGUCUGAUGAGGAUGAAGUCAAGAAAUGGUUGAAGCACUUGGAAAGUGAACUUGGUUUAGAAGAAGAUGAUCAACAUCAUAAAGAGGGAGAACAAGACAAAGACUCAUCAUCAUCAUCACUCUUGAAUACCUACGAACUCAUGAUACAUUAACAAAUACCAAUUGUGAUUUACUUGACGUAUUUUCUAUUUUCAUACUAUGAUCACAAAGAGACUUAUUAUUAUGGAUAUGGAUAUUUAAAAGGAAAGUUAGGUAGUAGAGAAAAUGUCUCCCAUAGUUAAUUUCUUG